AGAUGGUCAUAGCAUCAGUUGCUCGGUGUGUUCUGGCUAUCAUACCAACAUGAAAUCUUUCGCUUGCGUCGUCCUCCUCGCGGCUGCCGCUAUGGCCGCCCCCGGCACACAGGGGCAGCGCGACAAGCGCGGCUACCUGUCCGGCUGGUCGUCGCUGGACCACCACGACUACAGCCUGGACUACGCUCCCGCCGUCUCCUACAGCCUGCACGAGCCUCUCCACAGCCUGAGCAUCGCGCCGGCACACAAGAUCGUGUCCUACGACAAAGUCGUGCAUGAGCCUAAGAUCGUGGAGGUAAAGAAAAUUGUCUCCGUCCCGAAAGUGGUAACCGUGCCCAAGGUGGUCUCCGUCUCCAAGAUCGUAGAGGAACCCCACAUUUCCUACAGUAGCAUCGGAUCCCACAGCAGCUUCGGAUCCCACGGCAGCAUCGGAUCCAUCGGAUCCCACGGCUGGUGGUGAACAACCAAGUAAUUAUAGGACAAUUUAAUAUAUUACGUUUAAUUUA